CUGAGAGGCCGGUUUUAGCUUUUUUUCCCUUCCCUUUUCUUUCCUCCACUGGCCGCCGCCAAUUCGAUGCGAUUGGAGCGCAUCGCGACUGUUGGCACCAGCGGCUCGUCUCCUAUAGCUUUGUUUUUCACGUUCGCAAGUAUGGGCCGUGGGAAAUCGGGACAUCGAGGCGGCGGGCGCGGCGGGCGCGGAGGCCGUGACCGCGACCGGGACAGCCGCGGCGGCCACCGCCCCUACCAGACCUUCCCGGAGGUGCGCAAGGAGAACAGCAGGCUCGAGCAGUACUACAACACCGUGCUGGGCCUGCCCGAGGACGAGAAGGCCGACUUCUGGGCCGCCCUGAGGCGCGACCUGCCCAACAGCUUCCGCUUCUGCGGAUCCAAGGGCCACGCCCUCGCCGUCAAGCGCCUGCUCCAGACGAGAUACAUCCCCGAGAUCACCCGCAUCACCCACGAGGGCGUCGCCGUCGAGCCGCCCCAGCCCGUGCCGUGGUAUCCCGACUCGCUCGCCUGGUCCAUGACCACGCCCAAGAACGUCGUCCGCAAGUUCCCGCCCUUCGCCGCCUUCCAGAAGUUCCUGGUGUCUGAGACGAGCGUCGGCAACAUCAGCAGGCAGGAGGUCGUGAGCAUGAUCCCGCCGCUGCUCAUGGACGUCAGGCCCGGCAUGACCGUGCUGGACCUGUGCGCCGCCCCCGGCAGCAAGGCCGCCCAGCUGCUGGAGAUGAUCCACCGCGGCGAGGAGGCGCGCAUUCGCCAGGUCAUCCGGACCUUCUCUGGUGACGACGUCAGGACCGAGGAUGCCCACGAGGAUGCCCACGAGGACGAGGCGGCCAAGCUGGAGGCAGACCCGGGCGACGACGGCAGAGCCACCGGCUUGCUCAUUGCCAACGACGCCGACUACAAGCGGAGCCACAUGCUCAUCCACCAACUGAAGCGCUUGUCGUCGCCGAACAUGAUCGUCACGAACCACGACGCCACCAUGUACCCUCCCCUCAGGAUACCGAACCCCGAGAACCCGUCCAAGCCCAGCUAUCUCAAGUUCGACCGCAUCUUGGCUGACGUGCCGUGCUCCGGCGAUGGCACGCUCCGCAAGAACAUCAAUCUGUGGAAAGACUGGACCCCCGGCAACGCCCUCGGCCUCCACCUGACCCAGGUCAGGAUCCUCGUCCGCGCUCUACAGAUGCUCAAGCCCGGCGGUCGCGUUGUCUAUUCGACCUGCAGCAUGAACCCUGUGGAGAACGAGGCCGUCGUCGCGGCGGCUAUCGAGCGGUGUGGCGGGCCCGAGAAGGUCGAGAUCAUCGACUGCAGCGACCAGCUCCCGCUGCUCAAGCGGAAGCCGGGCCUGAGGAAGUGGCAGAUCAUGGACAAGUCGGCUCGGCUGUGGAGCUCGUGGGCCGAGGUCGAGGAGUACACCAAGUCCACCGAGGACGGCAUUGCGCCCGGCCGCCUUGUCAGCAGCAUGUUCCCGCCGGUUGCCGGCAGUGACUGCGCCGACCUGCCCCUGGAGCGCUGCAUGCGCGUUUAUGCCCACCAACAGGACACCGGUGGCUUCUUCAUCACCGCCUUGCACAAGAAGGCCGAGUUCAAGGCAAAGCCGGAGGAGAACAGGAAACAGCCGGCCAAGAAUGCUAGAGCCAACGGACAGGCCCCCGCGGGCAAGCGGCCGCUGGAAGAGGACGGCAAGGAAGAGGCUGGCGUCAAGAAGCUGAGGCUCUCCGAGGAGCCCACCACGGAUGAAUCGGCCGCUGCCGAAACUGCAACCGAGGCUAAUACGGAGGUCGAGCCGAAAGCGGAGGCUGACGCUGUUGCUACCUCCGCCAACGGCGAAGCCGUCGAGGAAGACGGCCCCGUGGAGACCGGCGCACCCCAACCGACAGACUCGAAUUCCGGCACCCCCCAGACCGCAACAACGCCCGCCGCAGUGGCCGACAACACCGAACAACAACAAGAAGAGCAACAACAGCAACAACAACAACCAGAGCCCAGGCGCAAGCAAGAGGGACCCUACGAAGAACCCUUCAAAUUCCUCCCGCCCGACCACGAGGUCAUCAAGAACGUGGCCGAGUUCUACAAGAUCUCGCCCCGCUUCCCCUCCGACCGGUACAUGGUGCGCAACGCUCUCGGCGAGCCGGCCAAGGCCAUCUACUACACCUCGGCGCUCGUGCGCGACAUCCUGGUGCUCAACGAAGGCCGCGGCGUCAAGUUCGUGCACGGCGGCGUCAAGAUGUACGUCAAGCAGGACGCGCCGUCGGCCGACGUCUGCCGCUGGCGCAUCCAGUCCGAGGGCAUGCCGAUCCUGCACGGCUACGUCGGCGCCGAGCGCGUCGUCGUGCUGCGCAAGAAGGAGACCCUGCGCAAGCUGCUCGUCGAGAUGUUCCCCAAGAUCGCCGGCGACGGCUGGCGCCGCAUGGACGAGAUCGGCGAGCGCGUCCGCGACCUCGCCCUCGGCUGCUGCGUCCUCCGCGUCGAGCCCGGCGUCGAGGACAGGGACGAGGACUUCUCCGAGCACAUGGCCCUGCCCCUGUGGAAGAGCUUCCAGAGCCUGAACCUCAUGCUCCCCAAGGAGGACCGCAGCGCCAUGCUGCUGCGCAUCUACAACGACACGACCCCGCUGAUCAACAUGGGCAUCCAGAGGGAUAAUAACGCCUCGGCGGGCUUGCCCGCCGAGGAGAAGGACGCCGAGAUGAAAGAUGAGGCGGCGGCGGCGGCGGCGCGGGAGGGACAGGCGGCGGAGGAAGAGGCAGCUGCCCCGGCUGCUGAAGAGGGUGAUGGUCCUGCGGAUGUCGAGUUACCGGACGCACCAGCGCCGGCCCCUGAGGCCGAGGCAGAGGGCGAGGUCGCUGUUGCUGCUGCUGCCGGUGGGGAGGAGUCGACGGCCUAGGCAGCCGAUCUGCGAAGACGCAUUCGCCAUUUUUCCAACAAGCCGUGCUCCUGCUUGCCGCACCUACCUUAGCUGAGACGGAUCAUAGA